CUCUCUCCCCACCCCUCCCUCCUCUCUCUCCAGUUUCGCCCAUCUCUUCCCAAACCCCACACAAUCAGCACUCACAACACCGUCAAUCGAAGCCCAAAACCACCGCGAGAAAUGGACAAUAGUGGCAGCAGAGCCGAAGCCGAACGGUGGCUCUACACCGCCAAUAAGCUCCUCAGUGCACGUGAUCUGCACGGGGCUAGGUCUUUCGCGGUUCGAGCCCGUGAGUCCGAUCCCACAUUUGACGCUUCUGAGUUGCUGCUCGCUGUCAUCGAUACCCUCCUUGCCGGUGAGACUCAGAUCAAUGGCCUCCAUGAUUGGUAUAGCAUCCUCCAGAUUCUGCCUUAUACUCACAAUAUCGAGUACAUCGCCUCCCAGUACCGUCGUCUCGCUCUCCUCCUUGACCCUCAUCGUAACCCUUUUGCGUUUUCUAGCCAUGCGUUCACGCUCGUUCAUGACGCGUGGUCUGUACUCUCCAAUCCAGCUAAGAAGGCUAUGUACGAUAACGAGCUGCGAUUGGUCACCGCCCCUCCUCCUGCGGCCCCUCCCCCGCAGACUGUUCCGGUGGCAACGGUUCAUGCACCGGACCCGGUUCCGACUCCGAACCCAACUCCGAUGCCUAAUCCACCCUUUGUUCAGCGGCAACAGCAGCAGCAGCGAACUCCGGCGAAGAGGGGCCCGAAGCCCAAAGAGAGGGCUGGUGCCGGAGAACAAAGGCCGAGUCCUAACAUUGCGACGACGGGGACGACCUCGCAAGCUCGGACGAGCGACCCGGUUGAGUCUGAAACCGGUUCGAGUUUCUGGACGGCGUGCCCGUACUGUUACGUUAUGUAUGAGUACCCGACGUUGUACGAGGACUGUACUCUAAGGUGCCAGAGCUGUAGAAGGGGAUUUCAUGCGGUGAAGGUGCGGACGCCGCCGGUGGCGGGGAAAGAUUCGUAUUAUUGCUGUUGGGGGUUUUUCCCGUUAGGGUUUUCAGGGGAUUUCAAAGACAUAAGUGGGACUAAUUCCAAGUGGAACCCAUUUUCUGCAAUGUUUGCAUGCCCUUUGAGAGGAGGAGGAGGAGGAAGGGGAUCUCAGAAAGGACCUUGGGUUUAUCAUGAUGAUGAAGCUGCUGCUGCAUUCAUUGAAUUUUCUGAGCCAAGUGAUGAUGAUUCGGAUGAUGCUGACUGGGGAGAGAGGGAUGAGAGGGCGAGGAAGAGGGCUAAGAACAAAGCAAGAAGCUCUGGUAAUGCUAGUGGUGGUGAUGCAAGAAGGGCAUUUUCUGAAAGAACUAGGAGAGGGAGCCAGAGUGGGUCCGGACAUGCCAAUUUAGAAAAUGGUGUGAUUGGAGACGGUGGGUCUGGUGCGCCAAAUACUGUGAGGGCGGAGUUGAGUAAAAAAGCUGCAAAUAGCUCGAGAAGAAGGGGUGCAGGGAAUCUGGGGAAAUUGGAUUUGAAUGUGGAGUUUAGUAAUGAGGUGGAAGAGCCGGCCCCGGCAGUAAGAGAUGGUAAUGUGGCUGGAAAUGCUGAGGAGAAUAUAGAAGGGAAUGCAUUUUUUGAGGGUCUUGAUGAAUUCCUUAACAGCUUGCCCAUUCUCAAUGUUGUGGCAGAUGACAAGUUGUCAGUUUCAGAAUGCACAUCUCGGGCCGCAUGAAUAAUGGUUCUGAGUAAUCCUAUAAAAACGUGAUGCAAGCUUAAAAUUUGAAUGUGCCUCUUAGG